GAGAUCAGGCUGAAGUGCGUCUCUUGUAGUUGUGAUUGUGCGGGACUUAGCAGUCCGACAUCACGGACCGGGCUUAGUGUACGUACAUGGUACUUAGAUUUUCGAGUACCACCCCUAUUUCUGCGUGAGUUCGUCGUACCAAAUGGGCGAAUCUCAUAGUUCAAGGCUCGUCCUUGCGACUUAGAAUCAUACAGCAUGAAGUCAUCAUCAAGUAAAAUCAUCAUGACUAUGUGUGACAUCAAUUACGCAUCAUGUUAUCAUCAUCAAGUACAUCAAUUACAUAGAUGUCAUGUAAUCAUCAUCAAGAACAAGUAUAUAUGGAUUAUAUGAGUAUCAUGUAAUCAUCCUCACAAGCAAAUUGAUUUAUUGUGCCAUCAUGUAAUUAUCAUUAAAUAUUUAUCAUCAUGAUUCAUCAAAUUGUCCAUAUGAUAUAAUGUGCCAUAUUAUGAAUAUUAUUAUUAUACUUUUUGUGGACAUAUAUAUGUAAAUGUAUAUGUCUAUGAAUUAUUCUACAAUUCUAGCGUGGUACCACUCAGCGGUUUCGCUGAGCGUGUAGUUUGUAUUUUUUUCGUUGACUACACGUAGGUAACAAGAAGACAAUGAUGGAACCUUUCCCGGAGGGCAUUGAGUCAGAGGAGAUACAAGGAUGACAGGCAAUGUUUGGUCAAUAGAUUUUAAAAUGUGUCAUGAUUUGAUUAUUAUUGUACUUCCGCAUUACUCUGAAAAUAUUUUUAAAUAGGUCGCGAUCGAGAGUCUGUAAAUUUAAUAUUUAUAAGUAAUUGUCAUUUUCAAAUGUCAAGCGAAAUUUUUAUUUAACUCUCGUUUCACCUUAAUUUGUGUAAUUCCGGGUUAUACAGAUUGGGGUGUUACAUAAAGGGAAGUGUGCCAGUCUUCGACGAUUUCAAGUGGUACAACAGUAAGCUCGCACAACGAACUUGCUAUGUACCAGGGUGUGCCAUGCGAGUACGAUGACGACGACGUCGAUUUUGACGUGCUCGGAUGGUGGAAGCGGAACGAACACAUGUUCCCAUGUCUCGGCAUACUAGCAAGACAAGUGUUAUCCGUCCCGGUAUCAACCGUAGCAGUUGAACGAGAAUUCAGUGCUGGCGGCAACAUUCUAACCGACUACCGAAGUUGUCUUAACGCUGAAUCUCUUGAAACACUGGGUUGCAACCAAGAUUGGCUCUUGGCAAGACGUCGGGCUCAAGAGUCAUCGUACCAACUCGAAUCGGAGCAUUACAUGAAUGCAACCACAGAUGGAAGUCCGAGUUCUGAAGAAUAAGUUAUAAAUUUUUUUUAAUGUUAAUGUAAAUACUCCGUAUGUAAUUAGUUUUUUAGGUGAGCGAUAUAUAAGCUCUUUCGAGGGUUUCUUUACGGUUCUUUACCCCCUCGCUUUUUUUGAACCGUCAGGAUAUUAAAUGUGGUUGUUCUUCAGUUAGUGUAUUACUCAUUUUCAAUAUUUAAAUAACAACUACAUUUUUAG